AUGUUGCCUCUCCUUCAAAUGCCCCCUCAUGCGGUGACGCCGCCGCCGUCGAAUCUCGAUACCUUCGCCGCGUUUUCGAACAACAAUGCCGCCUCGCUCAACGACCAUUACCCUCGAAAUGUUACCUCUCCAUACCAGCGAACAUUCCCGAUUCGCACAUCCCAAUCGCAGCGGCGUGCAACGGCAUCUGCCGCUCCCCUCUACCCGUUACGGCCAGAGCACCACCUUCGCCGAAAGACUCCAAACGGUACCAUCGAUGCCGGUUAUGACGGGUCGCCCUCCUUGUUCUCGCAUGGCCCACCUCCCUCGAAACAUUUGGUCCUACCUCGAUCUGCGACUGCCACAGCAUUCCCGCCGACAGGGCCUCUCAUACAUCAGCCCCAUUAUGCCGCCAGCAUUGACCACCAUCAUCCCUCCUCCGCUGGACAUAUGGGACUCGGCGAUGAUAUCCGACAAACUCGCUUGGGCUCUUCGCCUUGGCCCUUUCCAAACGAUACAUCAGUGCAUGAUGGGCCCUUUCUUGGAGGUCACCAAGUAUUCCCCUCAGCCGAGGGACACUAUACACCACAUGGCCAGCCUGAUGCGCUUGGGAUGUUUCCCAACGCAUAUCAACCCUUGAUGAGGGCCCAUGAAUACAACGUCCGGGCUUUUUGUCCGCCCCCAGUGGUGAUGAACGAUUCAUUACCAUUUGGCCAAGUGCCCAUACACACUCCAUGGAGUUAUCAAAACCACGCGCGAGCUGGCGUCCUUCCGCCAAGGCAUGUCCAGCAGCAUGACUUUGGAGCUGUUCCACAGCACCCCAUGUCUUUGGUUCAUCGGCCUUCUUUCACUCCGACAGCCGGCCUCGAGCCCCAGUACGUUCCCGCUUUCAACCCAAGCCUAGCGAUGCAAGCCUAUACUCGGCCUGCAAGCUUCGGCAGCCCCCAAGGUUUCCGCGAAAAGGUGCUAUCACAGGCUCACAAGGCCUAUGUUGAUCUCCUGUCUUACCUCCAAACUAUCCGGAGACCUCAUCCCACCAAGGGAGCCUCGGGUCACAACACAUCACCGAAACUUCUUGUAUACCCGAAACCCCCAAAGCCCUCCUUGAAAUUCUCUGAUGCCCCAGAUGGAAAGGAAAUCGCGGGGAUGAGGCUUGCAACGGAAGGCGAUCGCAGACAGGAUUACCACGCUGGGAGGAACUCGGCGCCACAGCUUCAGGGGGCAUUCGGCAACUAUCCGUCCAUGGGCAAAGCCACGCCCUUCGCAGGAGCAAAAUCUUCGUUGGAUAUGCUGAGCAAUCUUUGUGAACAAAGUAGUUGGAACUGGAUUGAUGGAAUCAUGCUCGGGGGAUGCCUGCACUAUGGGCUCGAGCAAUACGAGGAGGCAUUAGAAUGGUUCUCGAGGAUUACGACCCUUGACUCGAGUCACGUCGAGGCAAUUACAAACAAAGCCGCUACUCUAUACUGCCUCAAUCGACAAGAUGAGGCUGAACAGCAUUGGAUCCGAGCUGUCAAGGUGCAACCCAGUUAUCUGGAAGCCGUCGAGCACUUAGUCGGGCUUCUUUACAAGAAGCGCAGUAAGGAAGCUGUGGACAUUAUCGACUAUGUGCAGCAUGCUUUGAGAGUACCGUCAUCUACACAUUUACCGCACGCCAACGGCAGUGGGCCAGCAGCUACUCGCGACGGCUAUCCUCGAACUGCCACGACUCGAGAUUUCCAGAUUACUGACUUGGAGCAGGCGCAACAUCAGAAAGUUGGGCCUCACAGCGAAGUGAUGAAGACCCACGGGUUUGGAUCAAGCGGUUAUGCCCUACCAGGCAAGGAGAAUGGCCGGAUCCUGGCUCUGAUCCAUGCUAAAGGAACCAUGUUGUACAGUCUCAAAGAAGUCAACAGGGCAUCAGCGGCCUUUGAAGAGGCAGUUUUAAUCAGCCUCGGUCGCCGGAUGAGCGGCAUCCAAGACCUUGUCCGUCAAAUCCAGACAGUUUUGUCACCAGCAGAUGCCCGUUUGCUUUCAAAUGGACAACCACGUCACGCUUCACGGCCUCUGCUGUUACCCCCGGAACGAGCUCGGCAUACCGCUCAUCUUGUAUUCGGUGGUACUGGCGAAUUGCCCGGACUACGAUAUGUUGCUGAGGGCUCAACAAAGAGGGCAGCUGUGCAAACCACCAGCAACUCGCUCCUGUCCCUAGCCAAGAUCUUCCAAGAUGCCCUCUCCAGCGGGCACGCUGCCCCGGACAUCCUGCGGCGUCCUUCCGGCGUCGAAGACAUCUUGGCCCUCUACUAUCUUUCUCUGUCGCUCCAGGAAAGCCCCUCUACUGCGAACAAUGUCGGCAUUCUCCUAGCAGGUGUGCAGCAGGUCACCUCUCAUCCUCCCGACGCAAGCAUCGAAAUGUUCCCCCAGCCAAACAUUCCUGGCAUCGUCCCGGGCAGUGGCCUGUCUCUGGCUCUGGCGUAUUACCACUACGGCCUGCGUCUGGACCCAAAGCACGUCCAUCUUCACACCAACCUCGGAAGCCUAUUGAAGGAUAUUGGUCAACUGGAUCUAGCCAUUCAAAUGUACGAGCAGGCAGUCUCAUGCGAUGGGACCUUUGAUAUCGCUCUGACGAAUUUGGCCAACGCCGUCAAGGACAGGGGACGUAUUAAUGAUGCAAUUGCAUACUACAAGCGCGCUGUAAGCUCCAACCCAGACUUUGCUGAAGCUGUCUGUGGUCUGUCCACCGCCUUGAACUCUGUUUGCGACUGGAGAGGCCGGGGCGGAGUCAUGCUUCAGUCUGGAAAAUAUGAUCGAUGGCACGUCGACGACAAAGGUCUCCUCAUUGAUGCACGUUCUGCGGGACAUGAGAGUGGUCUUACGGACCGCGUCGUCCGCAUCAUCGGUCGCCAACUCAGCGAGGCAUCACAUUGGGGGCGCGGUGUUCUCGGUGAUAUUAUCAUCACCACCAUUGCAAAGCAAUUACGGGAUCUUGGCCUGACAGGGUCAUUCCCACUCGAAGAAGCAAUGAGGGAAUGGAGCAAGAAGCCGUGGGAGGGUUCACACAUCGUACGCCUUGUGGAGCGUGCGACUCGAGCAACGCAAUGGAAAUGGUACCGAGACCGCUAUAUAUCUGGCGCCGAAACAGCUUCCCGAUACACACGGUUACGUCUGCCUAACAGCCUCACAGUACCGUCGGCACCAACCGUUCUACCAUUCCACACUUUUACUUGCCCUCUCUCAGCGAAGGACAUUCGAGCUAUAUCCCAGCGAAAUGGAAUUCGAAUAUCUUGCUCGACGCUGCGGUUGCCAUGGCUGCCAUCGACAGUUUAUCCCCCGCCUCCUCCACCCAACCCUUACUUGAACGUGGGUUAUGUGUCGUCGGACUUCAACAAUCAUCCUUUGGCUCACCUGAUGCAAUCUGUAUUCGGGUUCCACAAUCCUCGACGCGCGCGUGCGUUCUGCUAUGCCACAACAGCGAGUGAUCGGUCUGUCCAUCGACAGCAGAUUGAGCGUGAGGCCCCUGUUUUUCGCGACGUCAGCAGCUGGCCAGCGGACAAGCUGGUAGAACAAAUCGUCCGAGAUGAAAUCCAUAUUCUUGUCAACCUCAACGGCUAUACAAGGGGGGCGCGCAACGAGAUAUUCGCUGCUCGGCCUGCCCCUGUGCAGAUGUCCUUCAUGGGCUUCGCCGGUACACUAGGAGCGGAAUGGUGCGACUACAUUCUAGCGGACAGCACCGCCAUCCCGCCCGAGACGCUACGCCCCUGGCGCAACAACGUUGGAGUUCAAGACGUGUUCCGCGAUGAGACAGAGGGUGACGGGGAAGGCUGGAUAUACUCGGAGAACAUCAUCUUCUGUCGUGACACGUUUUUCUGCUGUGACCAUGCUCAGUCCUGUGAUGCGGGCGAACGCGAAGUCACAUGGGAACAAGAACAGAGACGUCGUUGGAAGAUGCGGAAAGAACUUUUUCCCACCCUGGCUGAUGAUGCCAUUAUCAUGGGGAAUUUCAAUCAGCUGUACAAGAUUGAACCCACAACCUUCAGGUCAUGGCUGCGAAUCUUGGCACAAGUGCCAAAGGCGGUCCUAUGGCUGCUUCGAUUUCCGGAACUUGGGGAGGCAAAUCUACGACGUACGGCCAAGGCUUGGGCUGGCACAGAGGUCGCCAGUCGACUAAUUUUCACUGAUGUUGCACCCAAGAGCCAACAUAUAUCACGAGCGCGUGUUUGCGACCUAUUUCUUGACACGCCAGAAUGCAAUGCCCAUACGACAGCCGCAGACGUUCUCUGGUCAAGCACACCUCUCCUCACACUCCCAAGGUAUCCGUACAAGAUGUGCUCUCGGAUGGCGGCAUCUAUUCUGAAAGGGGCCCUACCUAAAUCAGAGGAUGGGCGAAAGGCUGCAGCAGAGUUGAUUGCUAGCAGCGAAGAGGAGUAUGAACAGCGGGCGGUACAGCUUGCUGGUGGUCUCAGCUACACCAUGUCGAGGAGCGGAUAUGGCCAUGGCCAUGGGCGUUUAGCUGAGAUGCGCAAGUUGCUCUGGGAUAGCAAGUGGCACUGUGGGCUCUUCGAUACUCGGCGAUGGGUUGAUGAUGUUGAGACCGCGUAUGAGCAGGCAUGGCAGCGAUGGGUCGCUGGCGAAGGCGGUGACAUUCAUCUGUGA